AUGUUAAUAAAAGAAAGCAGGAAUUCUCUUCAAAGGUUCCUCUUCUCCUCCUCACAAAAUCCCAUCUUUCCCUUCCUUCGCAACCCUUCGUCAGCCUACUCAUACAACCAAAUCCAAUCCUAUGUAGAUGUGUACAUGAAAUGGAAAAAAGACUCAUAUUAUGACUCCAUUGAUUCCGUACACAAAUCCCUUCAACUCAAACCCAUCAUCUCUCUCAAGAAUUUCUUCAUAUCAUCUUCAUCGUCACCGCAUGACAAUUAUUCAAUUCCGAUUUCUGCUGUUUCCAAGAAAGGGUCAGAUUUCGACAUACAUAUUAAGGUUGCAAGGUUCUUGAGAAAUUACCCAUCUUUUUUUGAGGAGUUUGAGGGUCCAAAGUACAAUUUGCCUUGGUUUAGGCUGACCCACAAAGCCAUUGAGCUUGAUGAGGAGGAAAAAAUGCUAUAUGCAAAAUUUAAAGCUGAUAUUUUGGAGAGAUUGAAGAAGUUUAUAUUGAUGUCUGGCAGCAAAAAGCUGCUGCCUUUGAAGGUAAUUCACACCUUGCAAUGGUAUUUAGGCUUACCUGAGGAAUUUUCAAGGGACCCUUUGGAAUUUCUUGGUAAUUAUGAGUGUUUUAGGAUUAUAGAAAUGGAAGUUGGAUUGAAAGGAUUGGCUGUUACUGAGAGUUAUUCUGAUGAUAACAAUGGGAAGAUUUUGUCUAUGCUGCAAAAGAAUGCAAUGAGGAGAUCUUUAUAUAAUGGAGGAGCUAACGAAUCGAUUGCAUUCCCUCUAUUUCCUUCUAAGGGAUUGAGGUUAAAGCAGAAGAUAAAAGAUUGGUUGGAUGAAUUUCAGAGGCUUCCAUAUGUUUCUCCAUAUGCCGAUUUCUCAGGUUUACGGCCGGAUAGCGAUUUAUCUGAGAAACGAGUGGUGGCAUUGCUUCACGAGUUACUGAGUCUAUUCGUGGAGCAUUCUGUCGAGAGGAAGAAGCUUUUGUGCCUGAGGAAGUAUUUAGGUUUGCCACAGAAAGUUCACAAGGCUUUUGAGAGACAUCCUGACAUAUUUUAUCUGUCACUAAAGAACAAGACUUGCACUGCUAUACUUAAAGAGGCUUAUCAAGAUAAAUCGACUAUAGAGCCACAUCCGCUGGCAAAUGUGAGAAAGAAGUAUAUUGCUCUGAUGAAUGAAUCAGACUUCAUUCUGAAAAAUCGAAGGGUGAAUAAUAGUCGGCCUUUUGAUCGUGCAAAUGUGUCUGUAAAAGACUUGGAUUCUUCGGAUGAUGAGCGACCUGAAAUGGCAGAGGCUUCACUCUAA